AUGGCCUACAUCGAAGAGGAACGGGAACAAGUGAUUUCAAGGGUCCAAAAUGAAGAAAUCGUAAUUUUCAUGUUCGCCACUCUGUUCAGCAGAGUUUUACUCUGGGGCGAAGUAAAAUUACAAUUUAGUGGAGAACCCUGCCAAGUCUACCACGAUCUACUACGUUCUGAAGAAGAAUUCGUCGCAGAACUUCGUUCCUGCGUCGACAACUAUGUUCGACUACUUGACGACAUCCAGCUGCCACCAGCUAUUGUCAAAGAAAAAGAAAAACUCGCUCUUAACCUUACCGAACUGUACAAUUUCCAUGCUAAUGUCAUGCUCAAAGGACUCAACUACUACUCUGAUGAUCCGGGAAAGGUUGGCCAGACAUUUAUCCGUUUGGAACGCGAUUUCGAUCAUCACGUUCAAUUCUUCAAAGACCUCCCGGCGACAUUAGAACUUCUCGAGCAACAGCCAUUUAAAGACUUCUUCCAGAUUACUGUAUUCUAUUAUUACGACACUAUUCGCUACUGUAUUCUGCUAUUAUUCGGAUUCUAA